AACUAGAGCACAAAGAAAAACGAAAAACUUUUUCUCUAGUUUUUCUUCUUGCUGACCGAAAUUCAUUUCAUUCUUGAAUCAAUUAAAAAAUUUAUAAAUUUAUCAAAAUUAAUAUAACAGUUGAUAUUAAUAUGUCGGACAGUAAUACAGACACCGGAGAUACAAUUCUCUCAAAUAAAACUGAAAUUAAUAGUAACAACAAUAAUUCAUCAUCAUCAUUAUCAUCGACCAUUUUAACAACAGGAACAGGAGUCACAGCAAUAGUUCCUCGCGAAUCUCUGAUAACAACUGCCGUAAAUUUUUUACAAAAUGCUAAAGUUCGUCAUUCGACUUUAAUACAAAAGCAACAAUUCCUUCGGUCCAAAGGUCUGUCACCCGAAGAAAUCCAAUUAGCCUGUGAACGUGCCGGAAUCUUUAAUCAUGAUCCAAAUAGUACAGUAAUAAAUAUGGGAAUUAGUACGGCUGGAGGAGGUUCGGCAGGCUACAUGAAUCACCACCACCAACAAAUUGUCCAGAGACAAGGAUCCACUUUGCAACAAAUCAGAGAGGCAUUACAAUCGAUGGCUCUGAUAAGUGGAUUGGCUUAUGCCGUCUAUCUCUUUUAUAAGAAAUACAUAGAACCCUUUCUGUUUGGAAAGAAGAAGAAAAAAUCCGUCGAAGAAACCCUCACCGAGUUCGAUCAAAAAGUUGAAACUCAAAUGCGCGAUGUGAAUCGUGAUUUGAAUCAAAUCAAAGAGCAGCUUACCCAAAACAUCACAACACAAAAUUCAACUAUUCAGCGUGAAUUUAGCAAUUUUAAGAGCGAUUUGGAGGCUAUUAAAGGAUUACUAUUAAAUAGAAAACAAUUUGCUAAUCCAAUACCAACAGUUCCACCAUCGAUUCCAGCUUGGCAGCUAACUUCACAUCGCUUGAGUCAAAGCGACAAUGAGAAGAACGAUGAUGCCGGCUCGGGAUCAGGUUCAUCAGAGACUGAAGUUGUCACCAAAAAUAGUGAUAGCAGUUUAGAGAUAAUGUAGGCCAGCAGUAGCUUUGUUUUGUUUUUUUUUUUUUUUUCGUUCUUAGAUAACAGCGAAGGUUUUUUUUAAUUCUUUACAUUGUUUGUUUGCCAAAUGUGAAAUGUUCAAGAUUGAUAUAUAAACAAAAUGUAAGCCUCCAAAAGGCAAAACAACGAUAAGAUUAAUGAAAAUAAGAACUUGAGUAAUGAAAGAGCUUUCAGCUGCUUAUCAUAAUAAUAAUAAACUGCAUGUUGUUUGAAUAGAAUUUUGUUUUGUUCUAUUCAAGAAACUCCUUGUCAAAGAUUUAAGAAUCAAAUACAUUAGAUUUUAGUCAACUUAAGGCGGGGGGUUUUUUAAGUAUCACAUUUUUUCUAGUUCAUAGUAUUUUUGAGAGUAAGCUUAUCAUAAUCGAAAUCAUAAAUUUCUUUUGUUUGUAAAAGGGAAAUGCUUAUUUUAUUUUCG